AUGGCAGUGGGAAUAGUAUCAACGAGCACUGAAGGUGGGCAGUACAAUGGCAGGAUGACAUCGUUUGUUGUGUUAUCUUGCAUGAUGGCUGCCAUGGGAGGAGUCAUCUUCGGCUAUGAUAUUGGAAUUUCAGGUGGAGUGACAUCCAUGGAGCCAUUUCUGAAGAAAUUUUUCCCAAAGGUGUAUACUAAGAUGAAAGAAGACACCCAACUCAGCAACUACUGCAAAUUUGACAGCCAACUGUUGACAUCAUUCACAUCUUCACUCUAUAUUGCUGGUCUUGUUGCUUCAUUCUUUGCCUCAUGGACUACAAGUGCCUUUGGGCGUAAGCCAUCAAUCCUUGCCGGAGGAGCUGCAUUCCUCGCCGGUGCGGCACUUGGAGGUGCAGCUGUUAAUGUCUACAUGCUGAUAUUUGGCCGUGUCUUACUAGGAGUUGGGGUUGGCUUUGCAAAUCAGGCUGUUCCAUUGUACCUCUCAGAAAUGGCGCCACCAAAUUUCAGAGGAGCAAUCAACAAUGGCUUCCAACUUAGCGUUGGAAUUGGGAUUUUAAUAGCCAACCUCAUCAACUAUGGCACCGAGAAGAUAGAAGGCGGUUGGGGAUGGCGGAUUUCCCUCUCUCUAGCUGCAGUUCCAGCCGCAAUUCUCACUCUCGGCGCAAUUUUCCUGCCCGAAACACCCAACAGCCUAAUUCAGCGAAGAAACGAUCAUGACAAGGCCAAGCAGAUGCUGCAACGAAUACGAGGCACCGAAAAUGUCCAAGCAGAACUGGAUGAUCUCAUCAGAGCAAGUGAAAUUUCAAAAACCAUCAAACACCCUUUCAAGAAAAUCUUACAAAGAAAGUAUAGGCCUCAACUAGUAAUGGCAAUAGCAAUACCAUUCUUUCAACAAGUAACAGGAAUCAAUGUUAUCGCCUUCUAUGCUCCAUUACUUUUCAGGACAAUCGGGUUAGGAGAAAGUGCUUCACUCAUGUCUGCAGUGGUGACAGGGGCUGUUGGUAUAGGAACAACCUUCAUAUCAAUGUUGAUAGUCGACAAAGUCGGGAGAAGAGGAUUGUUAACAGUAGGUGGAAUUCAAAUGCUUGUAUCACAGAUGAUGGUGGGAGCAAUAUUGGCCGCUAAACUGGGUGAUCAUGGUGGUGUGAGUAGAGGGUAUGCUUUUGGGGUUUUGAUCUUGAUUUGUGCUUAUGUUGCUGGUUUUGGUCUGUCAUGGGGGCCAUUGGGAUGGUUGAUUCCAAGUGAAAUUUUUCCACUGGAAAUAAGAUCAGCAGGACAGAGUAUCACAGUGGGGGUGAAUUUUCUCUUCACUUUCAUUGUUGCUCAGACUUUUUUGGCAAUGCUCUGUCACUUCAAGUCUGGGAUUUUCUUCUUCUUUGCAGGGUGGGUGGUGGUGAUGACAGGGUUUAUCUAUAUGUUGCUUCCAGAGACUAAGAAUGUGCCAAUUGAACAGAUGGAGAGAGUCUGGAGGGAACACUGGUUUUGGAAGAGAGUUGUUGGGGAAAAGCAUGGGGUAUUUGAAGUGAAUGCUAAAGUUGGAGGAGAAUGA